AUGGCACGCCAAACCCCAGCCCGCGCUACUCGGAGUAGGGCAUCCCGCGGUCGCGAGCCAAAGCAUGGGAAACCACACGAAGGUCAAGUCCCGGAGGUUUACCAAGAAAUGCUGGAAGAGGCCGAGGCGCGAGAUCCUGAACAGUUCCACACGAAUAGGCCCAUCAAGAGACGCAAAGUGGGUGAUACGAAGGCUAUUCCAGUCGACACGCCGGUAAAAGGCAAAGCCAGAAUUGUGAAAGAGCACAGCCCAGAGAUGCCUAGCACUCAACAAAUGCAGACUGUUUAUGACUCGACUACAGAGGACGAAUCAGACAUUGAAUGGGAGGAUGUGGAUGUGCAGCAACCAGCACAGGCACCAUCUAAUCUAGAUACAGCAUUACAAGGUGGGGAUGAACCCCUGCAGAUUACUUUUGACAAGGAGCCGGAAGUCAGAAAAAAAGUUCCGCCUAGAAGAAAACCUGUCACGGCGGCAGAGAAAAAAUUGCGAUUGGAUAUCCACAAAGUUCACUUGCUCUGUCUGCUGGGUCAUGUGAACUUGCGAAACUUGUGGUGCAAUGAUGAUGAGAUACAGGUUCUUACUUAA